CCUCCCGGCCCGCCGCGUGACGCCGGACGGAAGCCGGCGGAGGCCGCUCAGCGCGAGGACGCCGCCGUUGCCAAGGCGACGGAACGCUUCCUUAGUCACGGCGGCGGCGGCGGGGAGCAUGAAGGCGCCUCGGUGUCUGUGUGAGAUUUGUACCUGCGGGCGCCAUCGCUGCCCUCAUAAACCCACAAGGAUUUAUGGUAAUGGACAACAGCCGUGCCUCACAACAGAGUAUGUGGAAAAAUAUCCCAAGUACAGCAACAUCUCUCCUCCCCGGAGCCUUAAGCCGAAACAAGAGAACCAAGUGCAUCGUGGGAAAAUGGAAGGAAUGACAACAUUUAAAUCUGAUUAUUUACCAUAUGAUAUUGUGAAGCGUCCUUUUCAAAUACAAGACGAAUAUAAACCAAAGACGGGAAAGAUAGAACUGGGAACCACAUACCAGAAAGAUUAUAAUGUUCAUAAAAUACAACCAGUGACAUUAGUAAGACCUCUAGAGAGAAAACACACUACAGGAGGAAAACUGGAUACCAUACCAACCUAUCAAGAUGACUAUAGGUCAUGGGAAGUUCAAAGACGGGAAACUAGGAAGGUGGAGCAUAUAUACCACCCACCUACAGCAAAGUUUGGAAACACUACUACAUUUCAAGAUGACUUUGUUCCCAGGGAACUGAAUCCCAGACAAAGUUUUAAGCCUCCUUGUGCAGCCAAGCUUUCAGAUGUGCCUUUUGAUAGUACUACAAGCCAUCGCACUUCUUAUAUUGCUCAUCAACUGGAACCAAAAUUUAUAAGAGCAAAAGAAGAGUACAAGCCAAGCAACCAACCCUUUGAAGAUCUCACAACCCACCGGAAUGAUUUUAAAGGGCUACCUGGGGAGCUUGCAAAAAGCUGCAAGCCUGAAAAUGCAAAAGUUGAAUCCAAUGCUCAUUUUAAUGGAGUCACUGAAUUCCAGGACCGUUUUCAGCCGUGGCUGGUCUCCUUGCGUGAGGUCCGCAAAACACAAGAGUAUGUUCCACCCUCAGGCAACAUGGAUUUUAACUCCACAAGCCGUCUUGAUUAUGUUAAGCAUGAGAUUUCUCCUGCUAUCCCCAUAAGACCAGUUUCUAAUGAGAGAAGAACCAAUGCCCCUUUUCAAGGAAAUACUACUAUGAAAGAAGACUUUAAAGCUUGGGGCCACUGUCGGCAAGAGAUUACUAAGAAACAACAAGAAAUUCCAAAGCCCACAGGAAAAUUUUAUGAUUUGACUACAUUCAGAUCUCAUUACAUACCGCACCAGGUCAUUCCAGCUCAAAGUUUCAAACCUGCACAUGCUACAGUUCUUAAUUCGGCUCCUUUUCAAGAUGAAACUAUGUAUCGCACAGAGUACACUCCAAAGCAAGCAGAGAUCUGCCCAGCCAAUUACCCAUCUCCUCCAGGCUAUAUCUAUGUAAACACAGAUUCUCACGGCCACAAAUUCUUCCGCCAGCUGACUCCAGAAUUUUCUGAGUCAAAUAGUAACCCUGUUCCAAAGGAAGUAGCUGUUGUGUCAUGAUACUUAAAUGCAGUAUUUCAAGUGUCCCGGUGAAUCCUACUUCAUUUUUUCUUUAAAUAACACUGAAACCAAAUUUAGUAAUGCAAAUUCUGAUUUUAAAAGCUUUUAAAGUAAUAGCUUGAAGAAAAUCAAAGCAAAGCUGGAAGACAAGACAAGACAAAUAAGGAUGUCUUAAUUUUUGUAGGAAUAAUGUAUCUCACAUGACAUCCAUUCUUUUUUUGAUGGUGCGUUCUGAUUUCCUUGAUUUCUCAGAUUUUGUUAUGUUUCAUCUCAAGCAUAUGUUUUGUAGAUUUGUCUCAGAUUUUCUGCAAAUGAUUGUAUUUGUGAAAAAGCAAGUAUCUUUUGAUUAUAACUUCUUUUUCAUAGUAAGCAAAAAAUGCUAUAAUAAUCUAAAUAAUUAGCUCAUCAGUCCAGUUUUUAAUCUCAUUAAUACUUUCAGUGAUCUGAUAAGAAGAUCUUUUCCUUUCGAUUUUGCUGCCCAAAUCAUAUGAUAGCAUCCCAUAGCACUAGGCAUUUCUAAAAAUCUGGUUUUAGCUUUAGUCAUCAUUACUUCUUCCUCAUUCAGUUCUGAGGAGAGUAUAAAGGUCACACUGUAAUUUCUGAUAGCAAUUAACAAGAAGUAACCUUGCUCUUUUUCUGUACUCAUACUUGAAAUCACUCAGGCAUAAAAACCAGGUCAUUAGACUCUGUUCCCUAACUUCCCUGAGAGUGCUUUUUCAGCCUUAUUUCCAUAGGAAACAAAGCUGAUGGAAAGCUGUUUCCUCCAAAGGAAACAAAGCUUUGGACACACUGACACACCAAGUGUGUGUCCUCCCCACCUGAGUAAUUUUUAAACCCAGUGUGCAAAUUCAAUCAAAAUUGACAAAGAGAUUUCACAAGUGAUUGUUUUUCAAGUUUCUAAGGUAGAUGGUGAGGUAGCAGAGAGAAUCACACUCAAAAACUUAAUAUCUGUCCGCUGCAGGUUUUGAUCCUGCUGUCUGAUUUUUAAAGAUAAACAGCCUGUAAUUACUGUCAGAGUUCACUGCAGAGGCAGCAUGAAGGUGAAAAUGGCAAAAAAAUAUAAAAGCGUAUAUAGAGAUAACAGAAAACGGCCUAAUCUCAGUUAAAAAAAGAAGUAUCAGCCAAGAUGCAGAAAUUUCUAGGCAGCUUGGCUUCAGUUCGUCUGCUCUUUAAAGAACUGCUUGCUACAAACACACAGAAAACAAAGUUUUUAUAGAAAUUGUACAUGCAAUGAUUAUGCUUUCUGUAUGAGAUAUUUAAUGUUUUCUUUAUGUAUCUUUACCCGAUUUUGGGAAAUCAGAGUAACUGAUUUCAGUCCUAUUAUGUUGAUGUUUUAAGCAAGUGGCAAUAAAUAGUUUUCAGAUUAACAGUAUUAUCAUGUUCUAGCACAGUACUCUGAUUUUUUACGCUGCUGCAUACCUUGUACGCAUUGGUAUAGGGCAGUCUUUUGGGUUCUGAAGAAUUACGUGCUUGUACGUCAUAAACCAAGUCACCAAUAAAAGGACUAAGAUCAACGACGGAAACCUGUUGAAAGCUGGAACUGGAUCAUAUGCAAGGAAGAAAACUGAACUGCGGAUAUGAGCUGUGCAUACAACAUUGCAUGAGAGAGCUGGAGACGUUAUUACAGCAUCAGUUACUUUUAGGUAAUUUUUGUACUGUGUUUUUGGAAAUAUGACUUUGUAAAUGAAACAACAAUUCAAUUAAACUUUUAUUUCUGAAGAUUAUCCACAUCCCCAGCUGAUAAAGACAUGUUUUAGAUUGGGCAUAAGCAAGGGCAAUGUAAAGCUGUGAUAGCCUAAAACAGGACAGGAAAAAGUCCCAAUUCAUUGUCA